CUAUCAGCUAUGGCCAUUUUAGGACACACACUACUAGCACUUUCACUGGUAGCACUGGUCCUAUGCUACCCUAACCCACCGACAUGCUACACUAAGGUGUUGAGUAUGGCUCGAGACCUCACCCAUCAGGCAGCGAUGAUCAAGAUGGAACCUGAAACUAGGCGUUGCAUGGCGCACAUCCCACAUCUCUACCUAGAUGUACAUAACGCUUGCAUCAUACCGAAGAUGAGGCAGUACGUGUUUCUGGUGGACGGCUUGCGUGAAAUGCGCUGUGCUUACACCAGGAAAGUGCGCGUGGUGGGUCUCGCGGUCAGGCAACUGCACAUGAUCAUGUCCCAGAGGUGUCACGGGGAGCUGGUGUUCACCACUGAUGACUGUAGAGCCUUGGACCGCCCGCCGAUGAGCUGGAGCCGGAAAUGACAAUGCCACUGUUUGAUGGGAGGGAGAGAGAGGGAGAGAGAGAGAGGGAGAGAAAGAGGGAGAGAAAGAGGAAGAGAGAGAGAUAGUUGGUUAUUACUGUGUACAAUGCAAAACCCUGCAAUGGGGAAUUCAAACAGAUUUAAUGACAUUGUACGUUUUCUUUGACAAAUUACUUUGCAAAAAAGUACCUUAGCCUACAAAUAAAAGUACAUUGACGACAUGUUUAUGUUA